AUGUCAUUUACUUAUGCUUAUUAACCUGAAUUGAUAAGAGCAUCUUAAAAGGAUUCGGAGAUGAUUCAAUCGAUCUAUCAAAAUAUAUGCAAUCUUCUGGAAUAUUUUGUUUCAACUAGGUAAAUCUUCAAUAAACUCAAUACUAUUAAAAUGAUAAGUAAUCUGACUUAUUAUUUAUUGACAUACUUACGAGAAGUCAAAACUAUAGGAGAGGAAUAUACAAACAUUUAAGUUUUCAAUUAUUCUGACUAUGAUGAUCAUUUUGUACCUUUGCAAAAAAGAAGGAAAGUGUUAUUUAUAAUUUUAUAAUUACUCUCAUUUUCAAUACCAAAGUUAAGAUCUAGAUAAAUAAUGUAUUAGUAAUAACAGUCGGCAAACAAAAUGCUUAAGAAUUUGCCAGAUAUCAAUGAUGUAUUAGAAGGGAUUUAAGACUUUCACUUAGCAUUAUUUUUAAUCCAAGGCUCUUACUUUGAGAUAAGCAAGAGAUUAACUCAAAUCCAAUUCAUUUUCAAUAGAAUACCUCCAAAUCACAAUAUUAAGUACAAAAGGAUUGGCUAAGCUUAUUUAAUAUUACUGAUUCUGCAAUUCAUGAGAAGCUUGUACAACUUUGUUUUGAAGAUUAAGAAUGAAAAUAUGAAAGAUCAAGUGAAUAAAGAAAGAAAUAUAACAACAAAUGAGAAUAAUGAUAAAUUUACAUAAUGUUUAAUUUGUUAUGAUAAUGCAACAAAUGUGACUUGCACUCCAUGUGGACAUUUAUAUUGUUGGGAUUGCAUAAUGCAGCAAGUUAUAUUGAAACAAUAAUGCCCAAUAUGCAGAUAGGAUUGUCAUUUAUAAUAAUUAAUAUAAUUGUACAAUUAUAAUUGA